UCCAGUGAAAAGUUUGAUGAAAUAUACAUUAUUACUUGUGAAGUUUUAUUGAACUCAAAGUUCAGUGAAUCACAAGGUUUCUCUUUCCUGUUGGUAAUUUUCUGCUGACUUUGGCAGGUGACCUAGAGUUCACCACCACAUUCAAACUCAAACACACUUCCUGUGGUGCUGACAUUUUGUAGUUGCACGCUAAGAGAGUUUGAAUUAAGAAAUGGACAGUAAAAGGGUCCAUGCUGCUUUACCCGACCCUCCUUAUCAAAGAAGGGAUAAUAAUGAAGAAGAGGAAAAGGUUUUUGGGAAUAUUUUUGCAGAACUGGAAUCUGUGGAUCUUCCUCUGGGAACCACAUUAAGAUCCAUUUACGAUGACCAGCCAAACGCCCACGUGCGCUUCAUGGAGAAGCUGGAUGCCAGGAUAAGAAAUCAUGACCGUGAGAUUGAGAAGAUGUGCAAUUUCCACCACCAAGGGUUUGUCGACGCUAUCACAGAGCUCCUCAAAGUCCGGACUGAUGCAGAAAAACUUAUGGGUCAAGUGACAGACACUAAUCGACGACUACAAGAAGCUGGGCGGGAGGUGACAGCUCAAACUGGGGAGGUGAUUCGCUGUCGGAUCCAGCAGAGGAACAUGGCCACAACUGUGGAGAAACUCCAGCUCUGUAUACCAGUGCUAGAAAUGUACAGCAAACUUAAGGAGCAGCUGGAAUCCAAAAGAUACUACGCUGCACUGAAAACUAUGGAACAACUGGAGAAGGUCUUCAUCCCGCGAGUAAGCCAAUAUAGGUUCUGUCAAAUCAUGGCUGAAAACCUGCCCAGAUUGAGGGAAGAGAUCAAGGAGAUCUCUAUGUCUGACCUAAAGGACUUCCUGGAGAGCAUAAGAAAACACUCGGACAAAGUUGGAGAGACUGCCAUGAGACAGGCACAGCAACACAGAACCUUUAACAGUGCAGUGGCGAAGCAGGCCAGUGCUAGCCACUACACUACGCCUUUGUACUCUCUCAAUGGCCAAACACACACGCACAACAGUCUCAUGAUGGACGAUGACGCAGAAUAUGAGGAUGAUGGUGAUGAGGAGAUUCUCACAGCUCAGGAUCUUGUGGACUUCUCACCUGUCUACAGGUGUUUACACAUUUACGCUGUGCUGGGAGACAGAGAAACGUUUGAGAAUUACUACAGGAAACAGAGGAAAAAACAGGCCAGGCUAGUUCUGCAGCCACAGGCUAACAUGCAUGAAACAGUGGAGGGCUACAGAAGAUACUUCAAUCAGAUUGUAGGGUUCUUUGUUGUGGAGGACCAUAUCCUCCAUGCCACUCAAGGGUUGGUGACCAAAGCUUUCACUGAUGAACUGUGGAAUAUGGCCUUGGCCAAGAUCAUCGCUGUGCUCCGCACACACUCGUCAUACUGUGAGGAUCCAGACCUGGUCUUGGAACUGAAGAACCUGAUUGUUAUAUUUGCGGACACACUACAGGGUUUUGGUUUCCCUGUGAAUCGGCUAUUUGACCUGCUGUUUGAGGUUCGAGAUCAGUACAAUGAAACUCUACUGAAGAAGUGGGCGCUGGUAUUCAGGGAGAUCUUCGAAUUGGACAACUACAGUCCCAUCCCAGUGGAAACAGAUGACGAAUAUAACCUGGUGGUCAGUCGCUUCCCAUUUCACGAUGCAGAGAUAGAAAAGCAGGAUUUUCCUAAGAAGCUGCCAAUGUCCCAGUCUGUGCCACAGAUAUAUAUGCAAGUAAAAGAGUUCAUUUAUGCCAGCCUCAAGUUCUCCGAAUCACUUCACCGCAGUUCAACAGAGAUUGAUGACAUGCUGCGGAAAUCAACCAAUCUGUUGCUGACAAGAACACUCAGCAGUUGUCUGCAAAACCUCAUCAAGAAGCCGCACAUAGGGCUGACCGAGUUGGUGCAGAUCAUCAUCAAUACCACCCACCUCGAGCAGGCCUGCAGGUAUCUUGAGGAAUUUAUAACAAAUAUCACCAAUGUGUCUCCCGAAACGGUGCACACGACAAGACUCUAUGGCUUGUCUACUUUCAAGGAUGCACGUCAUGCUGCAGAAGGAGAAAUUUACACCAAACUGAACCAGAAAAUUGAUGAGUUUAUCCAGCUGGCGGAUUAUGAAUGGAGUAUGGCUGAGUCUGACGGACGUGCCUCAGGUUAUCUCAUGGACCUAAUCAAUUUCCUACGAUCCACAUUUCAAGUCUUCACACACCUCCCGAAUAACAACAAUGACCAUGCAUCAAUGUCGGGUAAAGUGGCCCAGACAGCUUGUAUGUCAGCAUGCAAGCAUCUGUCCACAUCGCUGAUGGAAAUGCUGCUGGACACAGAGCUGAAACAGAUCAGCAUGGGCGCCAUUCAGCAAUUCAACUUAGAUGUAAUUCAGUGUGAAUUGUUUGCCAGCUCCGAGCCAGUCCCAGGCUUCCAAGGAGACACACUGCAACUGGCUUUUAUCGACUUAAGACAGCUCCUGGAUCUGUUUAUGGUGUGGGACUGGUCAACUUACCUCGCAGACUACGGUCAGCCGACCUCCAAGUACCUUAGAGUAAACCCAGCCACAGCCCUGACUUUACUUGAGAAGAUGAAGGACACCAGUAAGAAGAAUAAUAUCUUUGCCCAGUUCAGGAAGAACGACAGAGACAAACAGAAACUGAUAGAGACUGUUCUCAAGCAGCUAAGGAGCCUGGUCAAUGGCAUGUCCUCCUAAGGUCAUGUGACACUCAUACAUGUUCUUAAACUGAAACUGCCAAGACUCAAUCAGGCCAACACUUUCAUUCAAUGAAUGAAGUGACCCACUCCCAGGAAUAUCCAAGCACAUAAUUUCCAGGGCCCAAUUUAUUAAAGGUUUACGUGCCCAUAUAUGGGCACACAAUUGAUUGCUCACCCAAACAGAUGUGCAAGUUCGUUCAUCGACUAACCUAGCGCACCCAGCAUUUGAUCUGCCAAAU